UACAACAUAGCGUCACUUCCUUCGAGCGGCUCGGCUGGCUGUACUGAGACUGGAGGCGGGUGGGGAGUGUGUGAACGGAGUGUGUGAGGAGUGAGUAGGGGAACCGAAGCAGAGGAACCGCGGAGGAGAGUGUGGAGCUGUAUGGACCAUGGAGUGUGUUCCUGCUGUUCUAGAUGAGCUGGAAGGUAGAAAAGAGCCACACAUAGAGGAUCCUGAGCACAAUGUGUACACUCGCUUUAUGAAGUCACAUCGCUGCUAUGACCUGGUGCCAACCAGCUCCAAACUGGUGGUGUUUGACACGUCUCUGCAGGUGAAAAAGGCAUUUUUUGCUCUUGUCUCCAAUGGAGUGAGGGCUGCCCCACUUUGGGAUAGCAAGAAGCAGUGUUUUGUGGGCAUGUUGACCAUAACCGACUUUAUUAACAUACUCCAUCGAUACUACAAGUCACCUCUGGUCCAAAUAUACGAGUUAGAAGAACACAAAAUAGAGACAUGGAGAGAGGUCUACCUGCAAGAUUCCUUCAAACCUCUCGUUAGCAUAUCACCUAACGCCAGCCUGUAUGAUGCCGUGUCUUCUCUGCUGAAGAAUAAGAUCCACAGGUUGCCUGUGAUUGACCCUCUGACGGGAAAUACACUCUACAUCCUAACUCACAAAAGGAUCCUCAAGUUCCUCAAACUCUUUAUCUCAGAGAUGCCCAAACCAGCUUUCCUGUCCCAGACUCUGGAGGAGCUCAAUAUAGGAACAUUCCAGAACAUUGCAGUGGUCCACUCUGACACACCCCUCUAUACUGCACUGGGAAUCUUUGUAGACCAGAGGGUCUCUGCCCUGCCCGUGGUUGAUGACAAAGGAAGAGUGGUUGACAUCUACUCCAAGUUCGACGUCAUAAACCUGGCUGCAGAGAAGACAUAUAAUAAUCUGGACAUUACUGUCACCAAGGCCCUUCAGCAUCGCUCUCAGUACUUUGAGGGAGUUCUCACAUGCCAAGCACACGAGACCCUGGAGGCCAUCAUCAACAGACUGGUAGAGGCAGAGGUUCAUAGAUUGGUGGUAGUGGAUGAUCAUGAGGUGGUGAAAGGCAUCGUUUCUCUCUCAGAUAUUCUGCAGGCUCUAGUGCUCACCAAUGGAGACAAUGGGACUGCUUGAUGAAGCACAUUGCUCCUUUAACUGGGAAUCAAGAUGAGGGAAAAAAGAGAUGAAGGUGAUGCAGAGCAUGAGAUUUGUUGUGGCUGCUGAAAAUUUGGCAAGCUAACUAGAGUUAAAGCAAAGCAACAGGGCAGUGGAUGUGCCAGUUUUUAACAGCCAGACAAGAAAAAAAAAAAGAAUCAGAAAGGAAUUAUGUUAGCGUGCAGAGCUAAAUCCUCAGUAAGUCUGUGCUUUUAGAAAACAUUGUAAUGUAGACUUGUAGAUAUUUCUGAUUUGAUGUACCCUUAUGUUUAUGUAAGUGCAACACAAGCUGUUGACACAAGAUGAGCGUCUGAAAGGAAAGGCGAGCUCACCCUCUCUUCUCUCCCUCUUCAGUUUGUUCUGAGAGGAGCAUAAAUGUGAAGAAGAAUAAGAAUCCAACAAUACAGGCACACAAACACACAGAAAACAUGGAAAAAGGCAUUAUAGCCACAGAAAAGCACACAGCAAAUCCCAAACCCACAAACAUGAAACGGCUUCAAGCUCCAUGCGAUGCUGUAGCUUCUAAAGACUGAACUGAACAUUAACUUUCUCAUGCUGUUUUGCCAGUUUAACUGAAAAAGUGCAGAAAGUGACAAGUGAUGACACCGGGAUGUCAUUUCUGUCCGUAGACAAUCCAUUUCUCUUUUCAUUUCGAGGGAUUUCAGAAAGUAUGUUGACUUAAGGCUGAAAGUAUGUAAAUGAGCAUUUCAUUUAGUAAGUCCUCUCUGCUUGUGACUGCUCGUAGUGGUCUCCUUCCACCAGGCCAGAAAUUAAGCAGUUGAUUCAAAGGAUGUAAAGACCAAGAAUAAGGAAUAACAGACUGUUGUUUUAUAUGUUUGAGAGUAGCAUUCGGUCUGUGAACAAUAUCUUAAAGUGGCAGUCUGUAUUAUUUUGCUUCUAAACUGAAAGCGGAAGGAUUUCUGAGUGAAGAAGGGACCAAAUAUUGUGUUUAAGCCCAAUAUAUUCAUUUUAAAUACUCUGGUGUUUGGUCGCUUUUCGCAGGAGUUCUUCUAUCCACGUCACACGUCUUUACGUACUUACUUAAAAGAGACAGCGUGCUCAGUCAGAAACCUUACUUCAACUACCCACUUUGUUUUUACCAUGAGUGAAUGAGCUACUGAGGUCUGAGUUUCCUCUUCUGAAGUCUCCAGUGCUCCACCAGCCGCUCGCGUUCAUUAAACCUGAACCAGAUCCUCUUUUAGAAGCUGUACAUGUCCGACACCCCAGUUUUUAGAAUGAAUAUAUCAGGCUUAGCAGGGAUGGUGGUUCCAGCACACUGGCACCAUUAAACACAAUAUUUUAUCCCUUCUCCACUCGCCAAAUGUUUCUGCUUUUAGUUUAGAAACAAAAUAAUACAGACUGCCACUUUAAAGUAAAACAGCUCCUAUAUCCAGGGUUAUGUCAUCACUAGCAAUACAUUUUAUCCUCAAUAUUCUAUCUUUUUUAUCAGAGAAGAAAUGUUAUUAACUUUAAUGUACUAUAAUGUACAGUAAUUGUAUUUUAAUCCAAGUAAUUUGUGCUUGACCAUUUGAUUUGGUGUCAUGAGAACUUUUUAAUUGUUUUAAAAAGCAGGUUUUACUCUGCUUUUAGAGGAAAAAAUACAUUACAGUUUAGUCCUAUACAAGGUUUCCUACAAAACAAACCAGCAUUUACAUUCAAAAUAUGUAGACCCACAAUUCUACCAUUUUUUUCUGAAUUUCUUGUACUGCAGUAACAGCUUUUUUUGUAAUGCUUUACACCAGCUGUAGGAACAUUUACUGUGUGCAUUUGAUUGCAUUCAGUCUUGAACUAAAGAGUGAGGUCAGGUGGUGAUGAUGGUUUAUUUAGUUCUAGAUCACAAACAUCACUCCAACUCUGGAGGGCUUUCUACCACUGUAGGUGAUGAGUGGCAGUGAGCAUGAGAUAUAUGCAUUGCAUGCAGUUUAUGCCAGUGACCAUAUACAGAUUAACAGUUCUGGCCUGGGAUCAUUUUAAACAUUCCUAACCCAAUCAUACACCGAUCUGGGCUCUGCUUUUUGAACCGUAUUUGUUCUGAAAGACCCUCUAUUGUAAGCUGCCACCAUCAGACCAGCACUCUUUGAUUAUAUGAUGAGCACACAAAGCACAAAUCACCCAUCACCUGCAGGAUUCCUGUUUGCUCUGAAAACUAGUUGCACUCGACUGUAGGAUAGGAACUACUCUUGUGCCCUGAAAAUGUGAAGUUAAAGUAUGGAUUUUGCUGUUUUAGUAUUUUUUUAAACAAUAUAUUAAACUAAAUAUAUAUGUUAUCAUGAUUUUUUUGCUAUAAUUAUUUUACUGUCACCACAUAUCAGUUUUCUUAGUUUCCUUUAAUGAAUUUUUGAUUUUUUUUUUUUUUACCCAAAAUGGACAGACUGUGUAGUUGAUAUUGUCACUGUACAGUAUUAUAAAGAAUUUAUAAUGUAAUAAUUGUAUGAUUACUGGUUUUAUAGGGUGUUUUUUGGUUUUGGGGGACUAAUUCUGUUGUCAUAGUUGAAGAUCUACAGACCUUAAGGAGGUUUGUUGUGUUUGUGUCUGUCCAUCUGAAGUUAACGGGACCAACUCUGUGAAUGCAGGACAUGCUUUAAAGGAACAGUUUAGUAAAUAAUCAAUGUAUAUUGAUAAUAAUUUACUCCAGCAGCAGCCAAUGUUGAAUUAAUCACUUUAGUUUACAACUUGAGAUAUAUUAAUGUUGUUAAUAAACAUUGUAUUUAAAAUCUUAAAUUUGUAAGUACAUGCCCAGACAUGUCUCAUUUGUUUUGCACAGGCCAGUAUGGUUAUAAACAUGGUGUGAUUUUAAAGUGAUUCAAACUGAAACUAUAUUGUUUUUUAGAAUAAAAUUUCUGUUCAGAUUGACUGAUUGACUAUAAUAUUUUCCAAAUAUUUAGUCCUGUCAGCAUGACCCUGCUCUUACCAGCAUUAGCUAAGCUUAGCAUCUGCCAGUAUAAACUAAACAGAAGCACACAUCAGUGUCACAUUAAGUGUCCUGGCUGAUCGAUUACAUCAGGGUGAAGUGAUAAGUUAUGAUAAUUAUAUUUUACACUGAACUGUUUCUUUAACCGCAGGUUUUCCUCUAGCAUUGUAUAUAUAAUUCUUCUAAUUCAAUUCAGAUCAUGAGAAUAUGAUUGCAUAUAUGAAGUCCUGUGCCGUUUAUGGCUUUUGGAUAUAAGGCUAAUAUAUUGGCAUAUUGUCCUUCACUGGCCACAAAAGGGGGAGCUGAAAGCUUUUCUCCUGCGUAUUUUUGUUUAUUUCCCUUCAAAGCAUUCUUUCUUUAAUUAAACAAAAAUGUAUACAAAUCUAUAUAAAUAUGUAAAUACCUCUUACAUGUUUUAUACUCCUUACGUCAAUUUAGAAUUUAAUGCAUGAGCAAAAUAAAACCUUUGUUUACCUUGAAA